AUGGUAGUAGGAGUUGUCGAAUACAUUGGGCGUUUCAUGGUCCAUUGGCGCGAUAUUGUCCUCCCCGCUUUUGCUGAUCGUGUUCACCAAGGGCACAAGGCAAAGGAAGGAAUUCAUAUAAACCUGAAGGGGUUUGCAAUUGGUAAUGGCCUAACCGAUCUUCAGAUCCAGUAUGGAGCAUACGCAGAUUAUGCUCUAAACAUGGGGUUAAUCACGCAGUCCGAUCAUGACAGCAUUGACACUUUGUUCCCAAAAUGCAAACAGGUGGUUCAACAGUGGCUACCAACCAAGGGUGGAGAUACCUGUGGGUUCACAUUUCCCCCUUGCAUCGGUAUUUUCAGUAAGAUCAAGCACAAUACUGGGAAAAUCAAUAGCUGUGAGGAGGGGCACUGGUGCUCUGACUUCUUAAACAUGGAGACAUUCCUGAACCAAAAGACGGUCAGAGAUGCUCUAGGGGUUGGGGAUAUAGAGCUUGUGACGUGCAGCAGGGCCGUGUACGAAGCGAUCUUCCAGGAUUGGAUGAAGAAUCUCGAAGCAGGUAUCCCCGCGCAUCUUGAGGACGGGCUGAAGGUGCUCAUCUAUGCCGGUGAAUAUGAUCUCAUCUGUAAUUGGCUUGGAAACUCCAACUGUGUUCAUGCCAUGGAGUGGUCUGGUCAGAAUCAGUUUGGGACAUCUCCAACUGUUCAUGAUGCUGGGCACAUGGUUCCGAUGGAUCAGCCGAAAGCUGCUCUACAUAUGAUAAAGAGCUGGAUGGCGGACAAAUGUCGCCAUGGUGGAGCAGAUAAAGCUGAUCCCCAAAUGCUAAAGAGCUUGAUGGCGGGCAAAGUCGCUGUGGCUUGUGCAGACAGCGAGAUUGCUACUUAA